UUUGAUCUAAAGUAAAAGCCAAAUAUCCUUUGUUCUGGCAUCUUUAAUGUCUUGUUAAUUCACGAAGCGUCUUUAAUAUUCGGAAUUAGUUUAUUUGAGAGAAACUUUCAUUGGACACCGUCUAACUCGGAGGGACACUCGAAUAUUUACACCGGUUAAUCCAUGUUUAAUCCUGUUGCAAUAAUUAAUUGUGAGUUGAAAAUUUGUUAAUUGGUUCUUUGUUUUUUCUUGCUUAUUCAUAGUUUUGGUCUGGAUAUUUGUAUGUAAAACAGAUUUUUGGAAUAUUUAUGGUUCCCAUUGCUCCCAUGUGUUUAUAAAUAGUGAAUGUUUAACCGUAAUUCCACACAAAUUUAAAAGUUGGUACAAUGGAUCCUGCCCUGAUCAAAGGACACGCAUCUUUCUUGGCCAGAGCACGCAGUCAACCUGUUGUGGAAAAAAGGAAAAAUCAACACAAGGAUGAAAAUAACGAAUCACUUGCCAAAAAGCAAAAAUCUUCCAAACCGCCAAAACCGAAACCAACUUCAAACACCGAAACUUACGACUAUAAAACUGCCAAAGGAAGUUCUCAAUAUAAAUUCAGUGUUUUGGCCAAAAUAGUGAAACAUAUGAAAACCCGACAUCAAAAAGGCUAUGCCCAUCCUUUGAAUAUCGAAGAAAUACUUGACGAAACUAAGCAGUUAGAUUUGGGAAGUAAGCAGAGACAUUGGCUUGUAACAGAAGCUUUGAUUAAUAACCCGAAAAUAGAAGUUGUCGAUGGGAACACAUAUAUCUUUAAACCAAAAUAUAAUAUUCGUAAUAAAAAGGGAUUAAUGAAUCUGUUGAAGAACCAAGAUCUCCAUGGUCUCGGUGGUGUUCUUAUCGAUGACAUUGAAGAAUCGAUUCCAAAUGCUCAGAAAUCAUUCAAAAUAUUAGCUGAUCAUAUUAUUUUCGUAGUAAGACCAAUUGACAAAAAGAAAAUACUCUUCUACAAUGACAAGUAUUGUCAAUUUAAAAUUGACGAAGAUUUUCGAAAAAUGUGGAGAAGUGUAACUGUGGAAGGUUUGGAUGAGCAGAAAAUUGAAGAAUAUCUCGAAAAACAAGGAAUAAGUUUAAUGCCAGAUGUUGGUGUAAAACGGACUCCAAUACAGAAGAGGAAGAAACUGAAUGCUAAAAAGUCACGGACGUUUAAGAAGCAUAACGACCAUUUACAAGGAGUUCUUGAAGAUUAUUCCGACUUGACCAACAAACAGAAGUGAAACAGCGUCGAAGAUUGGACCACUAUGUCGACCGCUUUAAUAAUAUUGCUUGUAGACAAUCUGUAAGAUAUUUUUAUCAUGAUAUCAUUGACAUUUCCAAUAACCAAUGUGUGUUUUGCAUUCUUUGAAGGAAACAUGAAACGUCCCUUUGUAGUGAAGUACUUUUAUAUGUAGGUACUCACGUUAGGUUUUGUAUUUAAUUCAGUUAAUGUGUUACCACUUGAAACUUUAAAAUUUCUCGUAUAUAUAUAUAUAUAUAUAUAUAUAUAUAUUAUUGAACACCACACAUCCAUUUCCAAGUAAGACUAUAUAUAUAUAGAUGUAAAUUGUAAAUCCAAAAAAUAACAUACACACCUAAUACUGGGAAUAACUUCAACAUCCAUACAUAUAUACAAAAUAUAUUUCUAGUUAAAAUGUAGUCAUUUAAAUAUUUUACACAAAAUUAAUAAUUUUUUGAUUAAAUGUGGUGAAACUGUGAAUAAUAACCUUUUUAUUAAUUAA